AUGCCACCUAUCAUUCCUCUAAACCUGACGCUGUCUCAUAUAUUGGGACGAAUUCAGCGAAAGUAUCCAAACGCGACCAUCGAUGCUCAGAGAAUCAGUGCUCAUAUGGGUGAAUUCAGAGUUCUGGAAUGUUAUUUCAAUAUGACACGCGUCGCCAUUAGAGCAAUAACUUACCCGCAAGAUGAGAAUGGAAAAGAAUCAUGUGCUUCUGGGGAAGUACAUUAUCACUGGGCAUGCUUCUGCGGUGUAUCACCUAAUCUUCAAGUUUACAUCAUACAUUACAAACCGAGUGGAAACAAUGUUCAACAAAAGAAGAAAAACAACGAGAACCUUGCCGUCAGAAAAUGA